AUGGAAAAUGAAAACAUGUCAUUUAGAAGAGCUGCUACCAGGAGUUGUUUCUAUGCUGACUUUGCGGCUCAGAGGAAUUUUGCUGAGGUAAUUGCAAAGGGUGAAGCUCAGGGAAUGGUGAGCAAAUCUAUUGGUAUCAUGCUUGGCAUAGCAUUAGCUAACUGCAUACAGUCCUCUACACCUCUUGCUCUUGCUUCUUUUGGUGUGGUAACUUGGAUAUACAUGUACUGCAAUCUGAAGUCAUAUCAAUCCAUUCAACUAAGGACUCUGAAUCCAUAUCGUGCAAGUUUGGUCUUCAGUGAAUAUUUGCUUAGUGGUCUAGUUCCUUCAAUUAAAGAGGUUAAUGAUGAGGAACCACUUUUUCCAGCUGUACCAAUUCUUAACCUGAAUCCUGCACGCAAAGCACAAUUAGAAGUAUUGUCUGCAGAAGCCAUGGAUGCAACUGCUAAUAUCGAGGGUCAGCUGCAGCUGGGGUCCAAACUCUCUGAUGUUGUUAAAAGCGAGGAUGAUGCACUUGCAUUGUUUGACCUCUUCAGAGAUGAAAGCUAUAUUUUGACCGAGCAUGAGCAAAGAUUUUGUGUAAUACUCAAAGAAAGUUCCUUGCCACAAGACAUGCUCAAGUCAUUGUUCCAUGUCAGUUAUCUGUAUUGGUUAGAGAAAAAUGCAGGAAUCAAAACAAGGAGCAUGGUUGAUGACUGCAGACCAGGGGGGAAGCUGCAAAUAUCUCUGGAGUACAUUCAAAGGGAAUUCAACCAUGUCAAAAAUGAUGGGCAACUAGCAGGUUGGGCGACUGAUGGUCUCAUCACAAGGCCUUUGCCUAACAGAAUCCGUCUUGGUUGUGCUUCCUCUGAUGUGGAAUGCUAACAUUAUACAAAGAAGGUGGCCAUUCCCAAGCAACAAAUGAGGAAAGAAAAUGCCUUCAAUCAUAAUAGGACUGCUUGUACCCGUCUGCUACGGUACAACCUCUUUGAGCCACCUAGUCCAUGCUGCGAAGAGUUGUGCCAUGGAGUUUUGUCUAGAGGGGAAGAUGUAAUGUAGAAGUUGAAAUCAUGGAAAGGCUAGGGAGGGUUGAGCAUUGUCCAUAUAAUUCAUCCAACCUUGGUGAAUGGCACCUCCCUGAAGAUGUUGACAGAUGAUUGAAAGGUGCUGAUGAGCUGGGACUUGGUGGAGUAGUGCAUUUUGUUUCAGAAAUGAUUUGCUGCUAAAUUUCAGAACAGCAUCCAUUCUUUUUGAUAUUGAUUGGUGUUUGUCUUAGAUCAUAGAGAAGUUUGACAUUGAAUUUUGAUAGUUGUUGCCA